AUGGAUGAGGACAUUUCAAGCUUCGUCGCCAUCACAUCGGCUGACCCCAGCAAAGCAGCCCAAUACUUGCGUUUGACGGAUAAUAACCUCGAGCAAGCCAUACAAUUGUUCUUCGACAGCCCUAACCUGGAUGUCGGCGGAGAACCACAAUCCGGUACAUCAAAUGCUCAGAAUCCGAUCCAGAUUGAUUCAGAUGAUGAAAGGUCCGAUAAUGAACCGCGCCCUAGCGGCUCAAGGGCGCGGCAGAGCACCAUAGAAGACGAUGAGGCCAUGGCGCGCAGGUUGCAAGAGGAGAUGUACGGUGGCGCCGGACCCGAGCCCGAAGUCCGGGCGCCCAUGGCAAGAACAACGGAAACGCUUGUCGGCCCUGGCGCCUACGAUGACGAUGAUCUAGACGCCUUGGUCGCGGACCAGAUCGCUGCACGCCGAAGACCCGCAGGCCGUCCCGGCAUCUUCAACCAGCAGCAACGCCUCACUCAAGCUUCAGUUUGGGAGACUGCCGAGGAUCCUGAUGCACGUAGGCGUGAGUUGGCCACUGCCACUGGCGGUGCCUCCGAAGCCAAUUCCAAGUCCAACAUGUUGGCGCAAAUGUACCGGCCACCCUUCGAAAUCAUGUUCCAGCGAUCGUGGGAUCAGGCAAGAGACGAAGGCAAGGAACAAGAGAAGUGGUUGCUGGUUAACAUACAAGACCCAGCUAUUUUCGACUGUCAGAUCCUCAACAGAGACAUCUGGAAGAAUGAGGAUAUCAAAGCCACUAUUCGGGAAAACUUUGUUUUCAUGCAGUACAACAAGGACGAUCCUCGUGGGCAGCAGUAUAAUAACUACUACUUCACCGCGAGAGAUAGUCAGGAUGCGUACCCACACAUAGCUAUCGUGGACCCUCGUACGGGAGAGCGUGUCAAGGUCUGGUCCGGGCCUCCAGUGCCAUCACCAAUUGAAUUCCACGCGGAGCUACACGAAUUUUUAGAUCGGUACAGCCUGAAGGCAAACGCUAGGAACCCUGUUGCCGUGCGGAAACCCGAGAAGAAGAAGGUCGAUGUGAAUCGAAUGACGGAAGAGGAGAUGCUGGAGAUGGCCUUGCAAAACAGCCUUGCAAACUGCAAAGGGCCAACAGAGGAAGAUCCAGACGCACUCACCAAGGAUACUUCUGGUACUGGCAAGGGAAAGGGAAGAGCCGAGGAGCUUGUUCAAGAGGAAGAGGAGAUGGACAUCGACAAAUCUGCUUCUCCAUUCGCCCAGAUAUCAGAUUCGAGACCGCAUACCGAGCCCCCCGCGUCUGCGGACCCAAAGUCCACUACGCGUAUAAAGUUUACCUCUUCGGGCCAGCAGAAAGUCCGCAAAUUCUACCUCAAUGAUUCAGUGCGGACCAUCUAUGAAUGGAUCAAGUCUGGUGGAUGGGAAGGCAAAGAAGGCAUGGAGUUCGAUCUUAUCUCGCAGCGUAAAAACCUGAUGCAGUGUCUGGAUUUGACGAUCGAACAGGCGGGUCUCAAAGGCAGCGUGGUCAAUGUGGAGUUUGCGGAAUAG